AGGCGAGGCGGUUGGAGCCGGCCCGCAGUGCCUCUAGGUCAUUCUACUGGAUGGUACAGCUGUCUUCCAGCUGACUGCACUCAACAUGUUCUUCCUCCUGUCCUUGCCGUUGAUUCUCCUAACCAUGACAGCUCCUUCCUGGGUGCAGAGCACUGAUACCACCUCUCUAAAUGCUGGUGAGGGAACACCGUUUCCAUGGGAUAAAAUGCGACUUCCAGAGCAUAUCACCCCUCUUCAUUAUGACCUCAUGAUUCAUGCCAACCUCUCCACGCUGACCUUCGAGGGUACUGUCGAGAUCCAGAUCACAAGUAGCAAGCCCACCAGCACCAUCAUCCUGCACAGCCAGCACCUGAGGAUCUCUCAGGCCACCCUGCAGAUGGGCACUGAAGAGGGAUCUGCUGAAGAACCCUUAAGGGUGCUGGAGCACCUGCCCCAUGAACAGAUUGCCCUUUUGGCGCCCAGGCCUCUGCUUGCGGGGCACCUGUACACAAUUGCCAUAAAUUAUGCUGGCAAUCUUUCCGAGAGCUUCCACGGCUUCUACAAGAGCACCUACAGAACCCAGGAUGGGGAAGUGAGGGUGCUUGCUUCCACACAAUUUGAACCUACCGCUGCCAGGAUGGCCUUUCCUUGUUUUGAUGAACCUGCCUUCAAAGCAAGUUUUUCAAUCAAGAUCAGAAGGGAACCACAGCAUCUUGCUCUCUCCAACAUGCCACUGAUUAAAUCUGUGACUCUUGCUGGAGGACUCAUUGAAGACCAUUUUGAUGUCACUGUGAAGAUGAGCACAUACUUGGUGGCCUUCAUCAUUUCAGAUUUUAAAUCUGUCAGCAAGAUGACCAAGAAUGGAGUCAAGGUGUCCAUAUAUGCAGUGCCGGACAAGAUCAACCAGGCUCAUUAUGCUUUGGAUGCUGCUGUAACUCUUCUAGAAUUUUAUGAGGAUUAUUUCAGCAUUCCAUAUCCCUUACCCAAACAAGAUCUUGCUGCCAUUCCUGACUUUCAGUCUGGUGCUAUGGAAAACUGGGGACUGACAACAUACAGAGAAUCUUCACUGUUGUUUGAUGCUCAGAAAUCUUCUGCAUCCAGUAAGCUUGGCAUCACCAUGACUGUGUCCCAUGAACUUGCCCAUCAGUGGUUUGGGAACCUGGUCACUAUGGAAUGGUGGAAUGACCUGUGGCUCAAUGAGGGAUUUGCUAAAUUCAUGGAGUUUGUGUCUGUCAGUGUGACUCACCCAGAGCUAAAAGUUGGAGAUUAUUUCUUUGGCAAAUGCUUUCAUGCGAUGGAGGUAGAUGCGCUGAAUUCCUCACAUCCUGUGUCCACGCCAGUGGAGAACCCUUCCGAGAUUCGUGAGAUGUUUGAUGAUGUUUCUUAUGUAAAGGGUGCUUGUAUUCUGAAUAUGCUAAGGAAUUACCUUGGUGCCGAUGCAUUCAAGAGUGGUAUUAUACACUAUCUUCGGAAGUUUAGUUACAAAAACACCAGGAACGAGGACCUGUGGGACAGCCUGGCAAGCAUUUGCCCUACAGAUGGCACGAAAGGGAUGGAUGGCUUUUGCUCUAGUAGUCAACAUUCAUCGUCAGCUUCUCACUGGUGGCAGGAGGGUCUGGACGUGAAGAGCAUGAUGAAUACCUGGACACUGCAGAAGGGCUUCCCCCUGAUAAGUGUCACAGUGAGGGGGCGCAAGGUGCAUGUGAAGCAGGAGCACUACAUGAAGGGCCAGGAGGGCAUAACGAAAACUGGGUACCUGUGGCAUGUUCCAUUGACAUAUAUUACCAGCAAAUCAGACUCUGUCCAAAGGUUUUUGCUGACAGCAGAAACAGAUGUGCUCCUCCUCCCAGAAGAGGUGGAAUGGAUCAAAUUCAACGUGGGCAUGAAUGGCUAUUAUAUCGUACAUUACGAAGAUGAUGGAUGGGAUUCUUUGGCUCGCCUUUUAGAAGGAGGCCACACGGCUAUUGGCAGCAAUGAUCGGGCCAGCCUCAUCAACAAUGCCUUUCAGCUUGUCAGCAUCGGAAAACUAUCCAUUGAGAAAGCCUUGGAUUUAACCCUGUACUUGAAACAUGAAACUGAAAUCAUGCCCGUUUUCCAAGGGCUCAAUGAGCUGAUACCUAUGUAUAAGUUAAUGGAGAAAAGAGAUAUGAAUGAAGUGGAAUCUCAAUUCAAGGCCUUCCUCAUCAGGCUGCUGAGGAAUCUCAUCGACAAGCAGACUUGGACAGAUGAGGGCUCAGUCUCAGAGAGGAUGUUGCGGAGCCAGCUCCUCCUGCUUGCCUGUGUGCGCAAGUACCAGCCCUGCGUGCAGCGGGCAGAGGCCCACUUCAGAGAGUGGAAGGAUGCCAAUGGGAACUUGAGUCUGCCCAGCGAUGUGACCAUGGCAGUGUUUGCGGUGGGGGCCCAGGACCUUGAAGGCUGGGACUUUCUCUACAGGAAAUAUCAGUCGUCUUUGUCCAGCACUGAAAAGGACCAAAUUGAAUUUGCUCUCUGCAUUAGCCCCAAUAAGGACAAGCUGCAGUGGUUACUAGAUCAAAGUUUCAAAGGAGAUGUAAUAAAAACUCAGGAGUUUCCAUCUAUUCUUACAAGUGUUGGCAGAAACCCAGUGGGAUAUACAUUAGCAUGGCAGUUUCUGAAGGAAAAUUGGAAUAAACUUGUACAAAAGUUUGAACUUGGCUCACCUUCCAUUAGCUACAUGGUAAUGGGAACAACAAAUAAAUUCUCCACGACAGCACGGCUUGAAGAGGUAAAAGGAUUCUUCAGUUCUUUGAAAGAAAAUGGUUCUCAGCUGCGAUGUGUCCAACAAACAAUUGAAACCAUUGAGGAAAACAUACGUUGGAUGGACAAGAAUUUUGAUAAAAUCAGAGUGUGGCUACAAAAUAAAAAGCUUCAACAUCUGUAAUAA